CUAACAGCCUGACGCCCUCCGACGAAGUGCUGCAAAGGUUUUCUUUCAAUCUCGAUCUGAAAAGAACCGCGCAGCCGGCGUAUGACUUCACUUUCUCUGCCUCCUGAAACAUUAAUGCCUGCCUCAGUUUCACUGUUUCUCACUGAGGCAGGGGUCCGGCUGCCCAGCUGACAGCCCAGAUUGCACUUUGCCCGGGAGAGAGGGAGACGGUGAGAAUGAAAGAACGAGUGUCUCUCUCCCCGGCUUUCCAAGCUAGCAGGAUUAGUUCUGGACCGGCUACUGACGGAGAUUGGAGCUACCUCUAGAGGCUUCUGGAGGAGAACGCCAGCGCCCGGCAGAUCAAUACAUUGGAAGAGAGGGAAAACAUGACAGGGGGGACUGAGGAAUAGGGAGGAUCGGAGCGAGAGAGAGAGAGAGCGAGGGGGUGUCGCUUUGAGAGGGAUGGAGACAUGGAGAUAGUGUGUGUGUGUGUGAGAGAGAGAAAGAGAGAGAGAGAGAGAGAGAGAGAGAGAGAGAGAGAGAGAGCAGGAGCAAGGUGCACACGCCGCUCGGCUUUCUCAUUGCAACCGCGACAGGCAGCCAGAGAAGAGCUCCGGUGGCAACAAUAGACUUCAGAAUACACAGCCCAAGCGAUCAAUACACAUUCUCCAGAAACACUGUGAGGGUGAGAAAGCUGCACAAGGAAGAACAAGAAGAGGUGAAGAUUUAAAGACGCCGAGGCAGUUCUUAAACUGGGAGGGAACCACUGGGGUCUGCGCAGAACGUCAAAGGGUGCUGGUUCUCCAUUUGUGUGGUUGGACAUCAACACUGGCACUUAAGUGCUGAUCGGAGGUCUGCAGUACUUGAGGAGUUGAUGAUCUCGCGCUAGUGCCUCAACCGUGAUGUGGGGGUGCGCGAUGGCGUUACAAGGCUUAAUAGUGAGCCUGGCUCUUCUGUUCUUUGGGGUUCAAGCCGUUCCUAACCCCGCCAGCAAACUAGUGAGGACCACGAGAGUGAGGCGACAGGCUCCAGAUGACGGGAGUCUCCCUAGCAACCAGACCCAGUCCAUGAUCUUCAAUCACGUGUACAACAUUAACGUACCUCUAGAGUCACUAUGCUCCGUAGACCUUGAUCCAAUAGCCAGCCCAGAAAGCAAAGGUACCGGCGGGAGUGACAAAAUGCCAACGGAGUACACAGAGGACACAGUGGACUCGGAAAGCCAGGUCACUUUUACUCACCGCAUCAAUAUCCCGAAGCAGGCCUGCGGUUGUCCCGCGACCACCGUAUUUCAACAGCUGGCCAACCGUAUAGAGAUGCUGGAGAGGGAGUUGUCGCUGCUUCGGGUGCAGUGUAGUUCCAGCUGCUGUGGUGAGAGCUCUGUCAUGGGUCGCUUGGAUUAUGUCCCUCAAUGUGGGGGUCACGGCACCUUCAGCAUGGAGAUCUGUGGAUGUGUGUGUGAAGAAGGCUGGACGGGCAAGAACUGCUCAGAACCCCGCUGUCCAGACGACUGCUCCGGCCAGGGCAUUUGCAUCGAAGGCGAGUGCGUGUGUGACCGUAACUUCGGCGGUGAGAACUGUUCAGAACCCAGAUGUCCGAGCGACUGCUCCGACAGGGGGUUGUGCAUCGACGGCGAGUGUGUUUGUGAAGAAGCCUAUGCCGGCGAGGACUGCUCGCAAGGCAGGUGCCUGAACGACUGCUCCGAUCAGGGAACCUGCGUGAACGGAAGCUGCCAGUGUCGUCCGGGUUUUCUGGGGGAGGACUGUUCUCUCAUCUUCUGUGCCAACAACUGCAGCCAGAGAGGGGUGUGCAAGGAUGGCUUCUGUUCCUGUCAGGAAGGAUACACGGGAGAUGACUGCGCUUCAGUGUUACCUCCUAUGAAUCUGCGAGUUCGAGGGGUGUCAGAGAACACGGUUGAUCUGGAGUGGGAGGGGUCUAUGAUCCUCACCGACUUUCUCAUCACGUAUGCCCCCACAACCCCUGGUGGAGUCCAACUAGAGAUCAGAGUCCCCGGAAACGUUACCAACACCACCAUCAAAGGGUUGGAGCCGGGCCUGGAGUACAACAUCAAUGUGUACGCUGUCAUCGACAACAUCAUCAGCGCCCCUAUAAACACCAUAGUCUCCACCUAUCUCUCGAAUCCAGACGGUUUACUCUUCAAAUCCAUCACCGAGACAUCCGUGGAGGUUCAGUGGCAACCCUUAGACUACUUGUUUGAUGGUUGGGAAAUAAGCUUCAUUCCCAGGGACAAUGAUGGAGGGAUGACAGCACAGCUACCCAGCACCAUCACAUCCUUCCACCAAACAGGACUGAAGCCUGGGGAGGAAUACACCAUCAAUCUGGUGGCAUUGAAAGACCAGGGCAGGAGCCAGCCUGUUACUGCCACUGUUGUCACAGUUAUCGAUGGGCCAACCCAGCUUAUCGUACGAGAUGUCUCGGACACAGUUGCAUUUGUGGAGUGGACCACACCCAAAGCUAAAGUGGACCAGAUCAUAUUGCGGUACGGGCUGGUGGGUGUAGAUGGACCGAAAACGACCUUUCGCUUGCAGCCGACACUAAGCCAGUACUCACUUCAAGUCCUGAGGCCUGGAUCCACUUAUGAAGUAUCGAUUAGUGGAGUCCAGAAUGGCAAUGAAAGUGGAGCCAUUUUCACCACGUUUACUACAGAAAUUGAUGCACCCAAGAACCUGCGAGUGCUGUCGAAAACAUCUACUAGCCUGGAGCUGGAAUGGGACAAUAGUGAAGCGGAUGUAGAAAGCUACAGGGUGGUGUUCAGCACAUUAGCUGGAGACCAGUACGACAAAGUCAUCGUCCCACGCAAUGAUGGUGCCACCACGAGGAUUACCCUCACUGAUUUACUGCCUGGCACCGAGUAUGGCAUUGGAAUUUCAGCUGUUCUUGGUGCCAACCAAAGCACACCAGCAACAAUGAAUGCAAGAACAGGUCUGGACGUCCCAUUGGAUUUGACGGUCACAGCCUCCACAGACAACACCAUCACCCUGCUGUGGGGCACGGUUCAGGGACCUAUCGACCACUAUAGGGUGACCUACACCUCCUCCGCUGGAGUCACGGCCGAGCUCACGGUGCCCAGGCACAUCACCAGCACAACGCUGACAGGUCUGGAGCCGGGCACAGAAUACACUAUUACAGUAGUGGCACAGAGGGGCAGACAGCAGAGCACUGCCGCCACAAUCGAUGCCUUUACAGGGUUCCGUCCUAUCACACUGCUGUAUUUCUCUGAUGUCACAUCUGAUUCGUUGAGCGUGGCUUGGAGUGCACCAGCCCCGCCCGCUGACGCAUUCAUCUUGAACUACAGCGCCCAGGAGUCUAGUGAUGAUUCUGAGAUUGCUCUAGACGGGUCCAAAACAAGAAUCACCCUCACUGGUCUCCUGCCCUCCAGGCGGUAUACCGUUACCUUGGUAACCAUGCACGGCAAUGUGACCUCGAAACCAGUCGUAGGCCUAGUCACAACAGGAAUGGACCCUCCGAGAGACAUCUCUGUGUUGUACGUUACAGAAGAGUCUGCGACCAUAUCAUGGUUUCAACCACUCGCACCCUUUGAUUACUACAAAAUGGCUUACCAGUCACCUAAAGGUAGAGUAGACAAUGUGGUGAUCGACAAUGAUGUCACCAACUUCACCCUGACCAAUCUCCAUGCCGCCACUGAGUAUGAGAUCAAGCUGAACGCCGUAAGAGGAAGCCAAGAAAGCAAGAUCAUCACCACGAAUGUCUUCACAGCUAUGGACAUGCCUGUGGAGCUCACCGCAUUGAAUGUCACACCUCAAGGGGCUCUGCUGCGCUGGAACCCUCCUGUCGCCAGUGUUGAUAACUACGUGCUCACCGUCACCAGGAACCAGGUGACUGCCGACACCUUUCUGGUGGAGGGUAACAAGCAGGAGUAUCAGUUGAGUCAGCUCAUCCCCAGCACCGCCUACUCAGUGGCCCUCUACGCCACCAAAGGUCCUCUCACCAGCGGCACCGUCAUCGCCAACUUUGUCACACUCGUCCAAGAGGACCAUCUCUAUGCCUGUUUCCCAGCCACCAUGGAUGCCCCCCAGAACCUAACAGCCAGUGAGGUCAACCAUCGAAGCGCUCUCAUAUCCUGGCAACCGCCCAUCGCUGACAUCGAUAACUACAUGCUGACAUACAAAGCAGCAGACGGAAGUCGAAAGGAGCUGAUCUUAGAUGCCGAGGACACGUGGAUUCGCCUUGAGGGUCUGGCAGAGACCACCCAAUAUACUGUGAGACUGCAAGCCGCCAGAAGAUUAGAGACCAGCGCUAUCGUUUCUACCACUUUCACAACAGGAAACCGAUUGUUUCCCACGGCACAGAACUGUGCUCAGCACCUGCUGAACGGAGAGACCCUGAGCGGAGUCUACACCAUCUACAUCAACAGAGAUCUCAGUCAGGGUGUGCAGGUUUACUGCGACAUGACCACCGACGAAGGAGGCUGGAUAGUGUUCCAGCGACGUCAGAACGGGUUGACUGAUUUCUCCAGGAAGUGGAGUGACUACAAGAUUGGCUUUGGCAACCUGGAGGAUGAGUUCUGGCUGGGUUUGGACAGCAUUCAGAAGAUCUCGGCUCAAGGUCGAUAUGAGCUCCGCAUCGAUAUGAAAGAUGGCCAGGAGUCGGUGUACGCCAACUACGACAGGUUUUCCAUCGGAGACUCCAAGAGCCUCUACAAACUGAGGAUAGGAGAAUACAAUGGCACGGCAGGUGACUCUCUGAGCUACCAUCAGAGCAGACCGUUCUCUACCAAGGAUAAGGACAAUGACAUUGCCGUCACCAACUGUGCUAUGUCCUACAAGGGAGCCUGGUGGUAUAAAAACUGUCAUCGGGCUAACCUUAAUGGCAAAUAUGGAGAGUCCAGACAUAGUCAGGGUAUUAACUGGUAUCACUGGAAAGGCCACGAGUUUUCUAUCCCAAUCGUGGAGAUGAAGAUGAGACCUUUCAACUACCGCAGCAUCAGCGGGAAGAGGAGGAGAUCCACUAGUUAAUCCACCGUCCUGCUAGCGCUUACUGUUUUUACACGCUGUAUGUAGGACGACACCACCAGUUCUGUAACUUAUUUCAAUUUUUAAAUGACAAAAUCCCUUUGACGAAUGCCUGAUGUGAAUUGUAAACCAUGAGGUUCGAUGGUUUUCUUUUGCGUGAUGCUGUUUGGUUAGAUUUUGGGUGAAGGUUGCGAAAGAUAACACUUUACCUAAAGCAUUUAUGUACAGUAUAUUGCAUCAUAAACGUAGUUGUAAUGCACCUUUUAAUGCAUUGUAAUGUCUCAUGAAUAAUUGUUACUGCAGUUAAUACAUUAUAAUGCUUAUCAAUUUAUUGUUACACGACACAUUUUUAAUUUGGUUAUAAUUCUUUACAACAACAUAUACUGUAAUGUAUUACAACACACAUUAUGAACAAUUAUAAUGCAUUAUACCCUUUAAUAACCCUUUAUAAUGCAUUAUACAUGAAGGCUUUAAGUAAAGUGUUACCGGAAAUUUGAGUAUAGUUUAAGUCGGAAAGAACCUUAUGAAUAUGUGAAGAGAUCCUUUCCUCCCUUUGAAAUAAAACAUUUUAGAAAAAAAGACUGGCCAUUAAAAUAUAAGAUGCUUCUAUUUUUAUAAAUGUAAAACACCUUUAAAAAGUAACUCGAUGUUUUUUGGUCGAUAAUUCCUUCGUUUUUUUGUUCAUUUUGCUCGUACUGCACCCUGAGGCCAACAUUGUUUGAUUUACUGCAUUUUCAUCUCAUAAUUUAAUCACGCUUACAUUUGUCCAUUUGUAGCGUCAAAGCAUCACAGGAGACAAAAUUCCCACACAGUUACUAUUAAAAUGUUAAAUACAGUAAAAACGGUAUGAAAAAAUAAAAAGGGUUUUUAUUAAGGGGAAAAAGACAGAACGCCAAGUAACGUUAUUUUAUUAAAACCUCAGAAACCAAAGAUUUAUAAAAGAUCUGAGGUUAAAACCAUGAUUAAGCUGAAACAGGACAUCGUUUUGGUUUAUAAAGAUUUUAUUUUCAUCAUUUCUAGAUGAAAUGAAUUUGUUUUAUGGUCAGUGGAAAACGGUGUGUGUGUGGGGAGGAUGCAGGUGGAAGUAAACACCGUGCAACAAAUACUUUUUAAUCUGUUUUUCAAUCCGAUCAUGUCCAGCAUUUCAAUCUUUUCUGUCAUUUUUGAGCUGGAAAUUCUACCAAUCUUUCUUUUAAGGCUGGUUAGUAUUACAUUACACACGUUUACAUCUUCCCACCUUGAAAAUGGUGGUGGGUCAGUCCGAUAGUAUGAAACUAAGACUCUCAUUUAAACACCGGGAGUGAUUUUAUAGCUCGACCUGAAUUUGCCAAGUGGUUGAUGUCCUCAGGACAAUAUAUUUAUAAAUAAAUCCAAACCCCAACCCUAACCAUAACUUACCCCUAAAACCAGAGGGAAAUGAUAAGUGAAAAACAAUGGUCUAGAAGCACCUAAUCCUGGUUGGAAGAUUAAACUUCAAAUAAACUGUAAACUUAUUUCUGAAAUCGGAUUGGUUGAUUUAAAUGUUGUGCCAGGGUCAACAUGAUGUUGCCCUAAGGACAUCAACCACUUGGCAAAAUCAGGAGAGCCGAUUUUAUACGUCCAGUGUUGUGUACAUAUGGAAAACUCGUAUGGGAAUUCUCGAAGCGAUUGUGAGGGUUGAAAUGUUCUCAUUCCUGUAGACUUGAAAGAACAAAGGCGUUUAUGUCUUAGUAAAUUCUCUAGGUUACAAACAAUUCAUAGCUGAGUGCAAGAGAAUUGCAGUUUGUGUUUUGUCAUUGCAGAGCUACUGUAGAUUGACUGAGACAUGUUCACUUGAAGGGCUGUGACAAACAACAGCUUUUAAAGGGUUUGGCACUUACGCCAACACGAAAAGCAAUCCAACUCUUAGUAAAAGUUAGAACAUAGUUUUUCAUCACUUUUUUGUACCUGACAAGAAUGUAAUUUCAGGUUAACAUCACCUGAUGAUGCACCUGAAUUGCAUUUUGUGCAGUGUUUAAAAGGUUUGUGAUGGAGUUACAGUACGACCAUGUCAUGUUUUCCUUUUUCAUUUCGAUGUACAACUAAUGGCUUCACUGAUAUAAACACUGUUGACUGUAUACAUGUUUGUUGUAACAACUGUGAAAUGUUAGAAUUGAAUUUCACCAUAACAUCAAUACAGAGAUACAGAAAUGAGGACAUUUUUCAUUUUUAGAUUUUUAUCUCGCUCACCUCAGAAAAGAAGUUCCUAGUGCAGAUAUACUGUUUACUUGUUUACUCUGUCCGUUAGUGACACACCAGCGUGAGAGGGAAACCAUAUAUAACCAUACUGUAGAUAUUCUUCCGUUUCUCAGCUUUUUUCUUAAAGGAACAGUUCACCCGAAAAUGGAAUUACUCGCUCUCAAGUUGUUUCAAACCUGUACACAUUUCUUUGUUCUGCUGAACACAGAGAAAGAUAUUUGGAAGAAUGUUCGCAACUGACAGUUCUGGGGCACCAUUGACUACCAUAGUAGGAACAAUUACAGUGGUAGUCAAUGGUGCCCCAGAACGUUUUGCUUUCCUAAAUUGCUCAAAAUAUCUUCAACCGAACAAAAAAUGUUUUGUUUCUACAAUGGUAGUCAAUGGCGACUCAGUAAAUGUCAUGUGCUAACAUUUUUCAAGUAUCUUUCUUUGUGUUGAUCAGAACAAAGAAAUGUGUGCAGGUUUGGAACAUCUAGAGGGUGAGUAAUUCAUGACAGAAUUGUCAUUUUUGGGUGAAGGUUUUCUUCACAGUCGCAGAUCUCCAAAUGAGCCUCUUCCGAGCGACGGCACUGUGAUUUCUCUUCAAAGACUUUCUUCCCUUUUCUUUCAUUUUCGUUCUUCGUUAUAUUUAAGGCGAACGAUUAGACUACAGUAGCAGCUGGGAUGGGAAUUGGAAACCAAGUACAUUCUUAAUCGGCUCAAAAUGAUUGCUGUUAACAUUGAGAAACACUCACAUUUUGCCUGCACCAGAAGGCAACGUAUUCCCAGUUGCUCCUCUGUGGAGAACAUGAGUGAGGAAGUACGUUUUUAUUUAUUUUGUUUCGUUUAGCAAAUGAACUGUUUGUGGCUUCACACUAUUUAUUUUCUGAAAGAGGAACAGAGAUUGCAUGUCGUGUAGUGUUUGGGACAGCUUCUCAACAGAUACACAGAGGCAGAUUUUCCUUCAUUAUUCAUUGACUCGGCAUAUGGCUUCGAGUUCUCGAUACGCCUGCCAUCCACUUACCCGCUUAUGGUUUAACAGUUACCGUGGAAACACUUCACGGGAAGCACUCCGUUAUGCUGGUUAUUUGAUUUUACCCUGAUAUUGUAAAAAGUCCCUUGCGUUUUGUACAUGUAAGGAUGUAAUGGAGCAGUAAAGCUGUUUGACUGCUCAUCCUUUAUGCGGCUCUUGGAAAGAUGUGUUUAGCAUGAACACAAAUGAAGCAGGUACAGUAAAGUGUGUGCAAAAGGACGUUCUCUGAAACAUUUCUCCCUAACUCGCUGACCACAUUCUGCCAAAUAACCUUGGAUAUCAAUGUAACAGAUCCAGUUAGCUCUAGUUUAACUUAAAAUGUGCUGUAUAGUUCCUUUUUAAUACAUUUUCUACACAUUAAUAAAAUAUUCAAA